UGGAAAUGUCUGAGGGGUGGUAGAAGUAACAUAAGACCAGUUAGCUCCAAAGAUCUAUGGUUACAGUUGCAAAAGCUGACAAAUGAGAAAGAACAGCUGCUGGCUGAGGUUGGAGCAAUUUCAUGAGAUCAUUCAAGUGGUCAUCCUUUGUAUAUAGUUUAUGACGCAUGUGUCAAGCAGCAGCCUCUUUCCACUUGAGCUUCAUAGAGGGUUAGUAGUUGGGUGAGGGCUGGCUGAGCUCUGAAAAAAGUUAAUUAAUGUGAUGUCUUUUCUGAGUUGAUGUGCCAUUUUUCAAGAGAAAUCCUGUAGUGAGGCCCCAGGAGUGUAUAAUGCAAGGAUUGUUUCCUUGGAGGUGUAUAGUGACUUCCUGUGCUGUUAUGGGAGACAAGGUUGUCAGCCCUGGAGGAUAUUUUCAAUAGACAAAAUAUUUUAAAAGAAAAGUACUUCCCAGAGUUGAAGUUGCAGUAGAAGACUUGUAGGAACUUUAAGAAAAUGCCAAAAAAGAAGAAGAAAAAGGAGAAAGUAGAUGAUGGAUUAACGCUAGCCCAGAGAAUAGAGUUGAAGAAAAAACAGAAAGAAGAAACUCCUCCAGUUAAAGAGGAAGCUAAGCCAAAGGUUGCUAGCACCAGUGCUGCAGAUGGAAAAGAGGAAAAGGAUGAUGGAAACAAAUCUCAACCAAAAACUGAGGACAGUCCAGCUAAAGGAGAUCAAACAAACGUGCAAGAAGAAGAGAAAACGCCACAACAAAACCUAGAAGCACACAGAAACAGAUCUGUUGAUGCAAGUCACUUACAGAUGUAUCAAGAACAAGUUCAGAACCAAUUUUGCAAGCAAAAAUCUAUAAGAAAUGAGGACCAGAAAAAUGUCUAUUUUGAUAUUCCCCAAAAAACAAGCAACAAGAAAUCUGACUUUUCAUAUGGUUAUCUACCACCAACUAUUUGUCUACCAGAACAGACUUACACGGCUAGAAGAGCUUACCAAGUAUUUUGUCAGUAUCAUACACAUAUUGAUUCAAUAAGUCAGUUUGUGGAGAAUAACCUUAAAAAUAUAAUUGUUAUGAACUCACAAAGAUACAGUGAAGACAACCAAUGUCUUAUAGAACAAGGAGAAGAUUUCAAUAAGCUUCGAUCACUUCAAACAUAUUUGCUAAGUGAAUCAAUGCAAAUGGAAAUGGAUAGAUUUCUGGCUGACCUCUGACACAAAGUAACUUUGACACUGAAAUAUAUAACUAUGACCACUAUAUUCUUAGAAAAUUUAAAAAGAACAUAGAUGCAGUGAGCUGGCGGCAUUUCGUGUCUUUACAUUCUGAGUUCAAAAUCCACUGAGGUUGGCUUUGCCUUUCAUCCUUUUGGGGUUGAUAAAAUAAGUACCAGUUUAGCACUGGUUUUAGUCAGACAAAUGGACCCUAGUAUUUAUUUUUUUAAAGACUAGUACUUAUUCGAUCAGUCUCUUUUAGAGAACUGCUAACGAGGUUGUAAACAACCAACAUCAAUUGUUAAGUGGUGGCAGGGCAAACACAGAUACAAAGACACACACAUAUACAUCUAUCUAUCUAUACAUGACAAAUAUGUUUGUAUACAAUGGGCUUCUUUCAGUUUCCAUCUACAAAUCCACUCACAAAACUUUGAUCAGCUUAGGACUAUAGUAGAAGACACUUUCCCAGGGUGCAAUACAGUGAGACUGAACCAGGAACCACAUAGUUGGGAAGCAAGCUUCUUAGUACAUGAUCAUGCCUGUGCCUCAGGUCAAUUUGAUCCAGAUGCAAUAUUGAUUUCAAAUUUUGGGACAAGGUCAGAAUUUUCAGGGGAGGGGGUAAGUUGAUUAGAUUGACCCCAGUGCUCAACUGGUACUUAUUUUAUCGACCCUAAAAGGAUAAAAGGCACAAUCAAUCUUGGCAGAAUUUGAACUCAGAACAUAAAGAUGGACGAAAUGCCACUAAGCAUUUUGUCCAGGAUGCUAAUGAUUCUGCCAGCUUGAUCCCUUAGAAACAUCUGCAAUAUUAACCAAACUAGUGUGUAUAUAAUUAUUAAUCUGUGAUAACAAUGCUUUCUGGUAAUUAUUAAUCUCCCCCACCAUUAUUGGUAUUCACAAGCAGUGAUCUCAAAUAAUUAACACAAAUGUGUGUGUGUGUGAGUCUAUUAUUUUAACAUGAAACUCCCAUAUUGGUAUCGGACUAUUUGGAGCAUGAAAUGAAAUAAAAGGAAUAGAUUGGUGGUUUUCUAGACAUCCCUAUGGUUACAUCUUUGCAACUGGCUCAGAAGACAGACUCAGUAAAUGGUAACCUGAAAAUACAUUACAGGGUCCUUUUGUGUGCAUGUAAGCUAAGUUCCAUCUUGAGAAGCUUGGUAGUACCUCAAGUGACACUGGUUAAAAGUGAUUUAAAGCAAUGAAAAUGUAGACAAGAGAAAAAUAAACACGGACGUAUCAAAUAAUAACA